GCUAUUUUGAUAACACGCAAAGCCCCAACAGUUAAUUUACCAGCUACCCAUUUCGUAAACAUCCUUUGAACCUGAUUUGAUCCUAACUAGAGAGAUAGAACUCGAAGAACAGGCGAAAGAUUAUAUAGAAUCUCUCGCUAUAGUAACAACGUGUCGUCAUAUUCUGCUUCGUCCAAGGUACUCUUGAUAUCCCUCAGAUAUCUCAUCGCUCAAUCUGUCCAAACUCGUCGAAUAUCUCGGAUAUUUUCAAGUACGCGAUCCAUCAACCCAAUGGCGGACUGGAGGUCUUUACCCGCCGAAGUCCGAAUCAUGAUCCUGGAUCGGAUUGUUUGGUCUGGCGCUGCUGACGGCAAUAUUACCGGCUACGCAACUGUUUCUCGAGAAUGGCAGGCAUACUUUGAGCCCCUAAGUUUCCGCAGGCUCGUCUUGAACCACUCACGUGUUGCUGACUUUGGCAAAUUAACCCGCAAUCGGAAGUGGAUGGUAAAACACAUCUGGUUGCGCGUCGAACUUCCAAGGUAUCACUGUCCUAGGAGCGGCCAUAUCGAGACGCCCGACCAGACGCAAAGAAACAACCAGAUUUUCACGCAAGCCUUGUGGCAACUACUAAAAGUCCUAGGCUCCUGGGGAAAUAGAAAAGUGUAUGAUCCUGUCGACGGCACCGGGCCUGUCUUGGAGCUCAGUGCGCACUCUCCGAGCGAUAUGAAGCACCGCUUCGACGCCUGUGCCAUGGAUAAGGAUGUGUAUCCGCACAUCUCUGACGAGAAUUGUACCGACGAAGAAUUCAGUAAUCAUAUACGACGAGAACUGCGGAAAGACGGGAACAGAGGUCACCACUGCCAAGCUGCCAGCCACCCAGAUGGAACCGUCGCUCACCUAUGCAUGUUCCAGUACAUACAACUGGAUUUCAGCGCCAUCAAAAAUUUGAGAGUGAAAAAGCUUCCACGUGUUGAUGCUAUCAAGGGAUUAAUCCUCCGUCGGCAGCAUUAUCGACGAUUCAGCGCCCGAACGGUUGCCGAGAUUGCUAGGAGCUUUCACACUAUUGGCAAUGUGAUUUAUGAGCCUAUCUUUGUAAGACCUCGCUUCGCUGAUAGAGUCCAUCCCCAAACGUUCGAACAAGAGUAUAGAGAUUUAAUAUGCGAGACGCAUCGCUUCAACAGCUUCUCUAUCUUCAUGGGUUACUACGCGCAUCGUGACGUGGUGGUGGUGCCUAUUUGGAAAUUAUCGGAUUCAUUCAGUCUGAUGCUGGCAGAUGAAAGCCAUUCCCUGGAGCAUCUAUCCCAAGCUUUCGUUGGGGACGCACUGAUGUUUUUUCAAGAUUUCUUGCAGCCAGGGAGCCUAAAAUACCAAUCAUAUCUGGACUCAUCACGCGGCGCAGUGCAGAAAGCCCUCUUGGCACAUCUAUCCGCCAUUGGCAAGCGUGUGCCUUCAAAUCGACUUCACUCACCGGAAGAAUUUGAACAAGCCCUCCUCAAGGCGGCGGGUUAUGAGGAUGGAUUGAUUCCCCGUUCAAUUUAUAAGCCACAGUGGCCGAAACUCAAGACCCUGGCCUUGACGUCGCGCUUUCACCUUGUAGCGGAUCCGAAUAGAAAAGGGAUGGAUAUAUUUGAGGCCGCUGGCUUUGCUGCACUAGAGAUGCCUGAGCUCCAGACGAUGGAGAUUUGGAGCUCGCGGUGUCAUGACUUUUUCCGAUACUGCCGCAAUGAUGAGAAAGCAGGUAGACGUCCGACAAUCACUUUAGGUUCCCACAACAAUGUGGCCUUCGAGCCACGAGUGUCGAUUGUGUGGGAUCGAGUGGCAAGGAAGCAUUCCAAUCAUGGAAUUACUGCUAAAACACAAAUACUACGGAGUAUAAGGGCAUUUCCUACUGAAUAUCCAUACCAAGAGAUUGACAACUUGGAGCUCCGCGAGAAGAUUGUGCACCCAAUAUCACUCUGUGAGUUCAGAUGGUUUAAUGAAGGCUGGGAGAGAACUGAAGGCCGGAAGACGUUUCGUUUUCUUCCGUGGCCCUUAUAAUUGCGAAGAGACUAAAGGCCAGCAACUCUUGCUGGUAUGGAAUAUUUUCGAAGUGGUUUUGAAUGUGGAUUCGAUUAGUACAGCUGCAUUUUUGUAGUGACUGCAAAAGGGGAUAUUUCACCAGAGCUAAAUGUUCAACAAAUUGUGGAGAACAGGGGAUCUACGGACAUCCCCAAGAAUAGACAUCAUGAUCAGGCCUGAGAAGUUGGCAAAGAUAUGAUAUAUCGAUCGGACUUCGUGAGAUGUACAGAAUGCAUUAAAUGGUCGCGCUUCCAACAAAGUGUAAGUUCAAAUUAUCAAGUGGCACCUCCAGGGUGAGCAGACUAGCGAUAGGUUAUCGUGGCGCCAAAACUUUAGUUUACAACUCCGUGUUGACCACAGAAACAAUGCGUAAGGAUGAAAAGAUUCUCGCAUCUCUUGGGCAAAUCUCAUACACAAAAUGACAUAAAUUUCGUG